CCUAUUGUAAUCCGCGUAAUCCUAUUGGCUCAUGCGGUAUUCCAUGAGUCUUUCCCACCUCCUGCAUUAGAUGCCCGUCGGAAAGACAAGUUGGAAAAUUUUCCUAAGUUGUCAGCCAGCGUCAGACUCGAUGAUCAUUUGGUGAUGAUGCCCUUGGUGUCGGGGCAUGUGUCUAUCUGCCCUUUGGAAACACAAAAACAGAAAUGAGUAAAGACGAUGCAAGGAUCGAAAUGGACCUGGUAUGUGCUUUCGGAACAGCCAAGCCCUACGGGUCCUCAAGAAGCAUCGUAAGAAGAAUAGCCACUAGUCUUCCACUUAAACCUUGCCCCAGGGUGCAUUUUCAGCUUUAUCCUUACUCUGACAACGCUGGGAUCCUGAUUAGUGCCAGGAGGCCUAACGGUUUGGUGGCCUCUCUGGCUGAUAUCGCUUGGAUCGACAGGGAUGAGGACGACGAUGAAGACUUCUUUAGCGGCCACAGGUCAGGGGUCCCACCAGGAUUCAUGUUUCGAGCCCAGGAGCCUCAUCCUCAGAGACAAUCCUUAACCCACCAAAGAUCACUGCCAAGCGUGCAUGAGGAGACUCCGGAUCCUGAGGAGACUCCGGAUCCAAAGGGGCCAACAAUCGCCAACGAUGAGGCCAUUCAGAAGAUCAGUGCACUGGAGACAGAACUUGCCAAACUCCGAGCUCAGAUAGCCCAAAUCGUACUGGCUCAGGAAAAGAGCGCACAGCCAGCUGCUACCACAGGGAUAUCUCCACCUCCCCCUCCACCCUCUGGCACCCUGCCUCCCCCACCACCACCACCUCCUCCACCACCGCCACCACCACCCCCAGGUCUCGAGCGGACAUUUUCUGCCAUUGACCUGAUAAAGGAACGCAGAGGGCAGAAAACAGAUGGACAGACUCUUUUAAAUACAAAGCAAGCAGAAGUCCCCAGCAUGCUCGACGUCCUGAAAGACAUGAACAAAGUCAAAUUGCGAUCAGUCAAAAGUCGUCCAGUGGAAGAUGAUGCCAAAGUGAAGUCCAACGAGCCGGCCGACGCUGCAUCACUCAUCGCAGAGGCCCUGAAACGCAAGUUCGCCCACCGGUAUCGACACGACAGUGAACAUGAAGACAAGGAGGAAUUCAAAGUUCCUGUUCGAGACGUGAAACCUCAAAGCAAUACUCCUCUGUUUGGGCAGCACAUGUUGAAACAAACUGGAAAAAGGAAGUUGAUCUGAACAGAUUAUCUUGAACUCCAGAUGUAUCGUGGACACUUUGAAAGUGCCUUAUGAACACCAGCAGUUUCUGUGGAAAUGCAAGGAAUUAUGCUUGAGCUAGACGACAGAGUCAUCUCAUAGUGUUGCAUCCGAUGAUCAUCUUGACCGUCUGUUUUUUGCACUUUUAUAACUUAUAUUAGCUUUCUGUUUUACAAAUUAUUCUUUAUUUUCGUUUAACUGGAUGUCUCGUGUUUUUCUGUGUUGAAUAGUUUAUAUUUCUGCUCAUCGCUGUCCAGAGUUAGACAGAGCUUGUUGAAACAACACUACAGAAUCGUUAAAUAAAAAUAUGGUUUUAUUGUUCAAUCAUUACUUAGGCUUUUGUUAAACAUGUUGCACAUGACAUCGUUGGUCAUUCACGUUUUUAAGGGUUCUGUGAAAGCUGAGUUCUUCUGCCACAGAAGAAAGGGAGCACUUUCUUACUCAUGGAACAUUGUGCCGUGUUGUUUAUAAAUGUAUGAUGACCUGUAGACUAAUUUAUGUUUGGGAUUAUUUUAUUUAUGUUUAAGUAGAUAAUUAAGAGUUUAACACAGGUAAUUAUGCAGUAGUUUUUUUAAUUAUUAAUUAUUUCCAGGUGGGUUUAAAACAUAUCUACUUUAUUUGUUAAGUCUGUGCAAGUUGUGUCUCAGUUGCCAGUCUUGAAACAGGACACUAUUUGUCUCUUUUACUAUGAUCCGUGUUUUAAAGCCAAAGACAUUCCAGUGACGCUCUGCGAAAUUAUGUCUUUCACUGCCAAAUAUUUGCCUUUUCACAUUUUAGGAUGUUUAAAUAAGGAGAACCACAUUCACACAUAAAUUCAUGUUUUCUAGAUUGUUGACGGUACAGGUACAUGUGCAAUGUUUUGCCUAAUCAGUACCUCUUUUGAUAAUUUGCUCUUCUCAGAUCACUUACAACUCACACCACUAAAGAAAUACCGCACACACACACACAACACAUACUGUAUGGACAACAUAUUUUAGUCAUGGGUUCUAAGGCACCUGCUGUUUAGUAUCCCAAAGGUUAAUAAAUUAUUCUUUUUUGCCAGUAAUUACCACAUUUCAUGCCUCAGUUUGAACAUGUCAGAACAUGCAGACUCCUCGGGGGUUAUGUAACGUUUUUAGGCAGUAUUUUUGUUCAGAUUGACACGAUUACACGCUGUUUCCAUUUUUCCAUUCACUAUGCCAGUGCAGUUGCUGCUUCAAGACAACUCUAGUAUUACCUCCUAAGUGAACAGGUGUGUCUAGUAAUUGAUUUAAAUGUAUUAUUCCUAGAUUUUGUACAAAAAGUUGUCUUCCAUAAGAAUUGUCAAAUCUUUAAAUAAAAGUUUAGUCUGCCUGAC